UGGACACAUACAGCCACUUUCUCGCAGAAACAUCUCAUCUGAAAAUUAUGAACUUCAACAUGAACUAUAGCACCGAACCGUCUCAAUACCAAUCUUACGUCAUCGCGAACGCUCCUUCCGCCACAGCGCCAAUUUGUACAGUAAGUUCAUUUAACUUUUAAUUGAUUAAUAAUUAGUUUAAACAAUGAUCCUUUCCAGGAAAUCACGUGCUGUGUUUGUUGAGCCUACGGGUCAUGCAUACGGACAAAAUGAUUACCAACAAAUGGCUUAUGUAAAUGAACAAAAUCCACAGUUCUUGCUUUAUAAUGGGAUGCACAAUCAAACCCAUUCCACCCCACAAUAUCAUAACCAUCAUCAUCAUCACCAUCAAUCUCCGACAUAUCCUCAAUCAUAUUUCAACCCCUACUCCCAUCAAUCUUAUCAACAGCAUCAUUUGAACUCCGAUGUCAACUUCCAAAUGGUUCCACAAAGCACUUCGGUUCCACCAGAUCCGUUUUGCUCAAUUGAGCCAAUGGAGACUAAUGUACAAGCAAAAGAACAAAUUCUCGAAGAAAUCGUGCGCGAGUGCGAAGAAAUCGAGCGUCGUUCCAACUCGAGCGCGUCUCCAGCCUCAAAUUGGUCUUCAGAUGAACAUGACUCUCAAUCCGAAAAAUCUUACCACCCAUACAAAACCCCAGAAAAGAAGGAACGAAAGAAGGCUCAAAACCGUCUCGCAGCUACCAGAUACCGUGAAAAGAAGCGUCGUGAAAAGGAAGAGGCUAUGACUUGCAUUGAAGGUCUUAGUGUCACCAAUGGCAAGCUGAAGGAUCAGGUAUCCGAGUUGGAGCGUGAAAUUCGUUACUUCAAAAAGUUCAUGACCGAGAUGGGAAUGAAAACUGUCACCGACUAAACCUCAAUUUUUAAUGUUUUUUACUCCGUUUGAAAGUUCAACUCAUUUUAUUAUUAUUAAUAUUUUCUAAACUUCAUCCUUCCCUUAUAUUGUACGAAUUGUGGAUUUUUUAAAAUUUCAUACGCCAAUGGUAUUAUUCUGUUCGUUUGCAUGAUAUUAACCUUACUCUUCAAAUAAAAAAGUAUCUGAAA